GUGGAGUUCCCAGCGUCCCUCACCUCGAGCGACCGGAAGUACGUCCACAAGAUAGCGGAGUCCUUCCGGCUGCCCACCAAGUCGCAGGGGGUCGGGGCCGAGAGGUUCCUGACCGUCUACAAGACGGCCCCCGAGGGCAUGGAGCAGAAGCCAGAGAGGCCCUCCUUCGUGCCGGUCCUGAAGCUGUCGCCAGAGGCGAUGCAGAAGCUCUCCGACGCCGCCGCCGGCGCGCCCCCGGGGACGGGAAGGCCCACGCUGGCGGCGGUGCGCCCGAUGUCCGGCAGGGCGCUGGCCGAGCCUCCGGCGGCGAAGCGGCAGAAGGUGAAGCCCGUGGAGGUCGGCGACGAGGUAGAGGGCUUCUGGCCCGACGAGGAGGCCGAGGAGGGCGGGACCUGGCUGCCCGCGACGGUCGCCGAGGUAAAGGACCGGACGGAUCCUUCAACAUCGUCUGGACCGAGGACGCGUCGUCCAGCGAUGUGCCGGCUGACUAUGUGCGAUCGCAGGUGGGAGCGAGCCCUCGAACGAGUGCACCACCAUGCUUCCAGCGAUGGACAUCGGGGUGAUGGAGAAGAACCUGGAAGCACGGAGACAGCUUCCGCAGUACAAGGCGCUGGGAGAGAAGCGGGAGUCGCUCCCGGGCUUUAA